GUUGAAAUGUAGGCUACUCCUCUCAAAGUUUGUCAGUUCGGGGAGAAGCUUCAAGAAGCACGAUCGUCUGUAAAAGAUCAAAAAGAAGCACUUAGUCAUGGGAGACCCAGUAAACAUCACAGAUGAAUCCCAGAGGGGGAACUCGUCUUACAUCAGCAGAGGGAAUGUACAAGUUGUGGCAACAGUUGUAUACUGUGUGGCAUUUCUCCUUGGCACUCUUGGAAAUGGGCUGGUCGUUUAUGUGACAGGAUUCAAGAUGAAGCGGACAGUCAACAUCAUAUGGUUUCUUAACCUUGCGGUGGCUGACUUUCUCUUUACUGCUUUCCUGUUCUUUGAUAUUGUCUACAUCUCCAGAGGCUUUGUCUGGCCCUUCGGAGACUUCAUCUGCAAACUCAACACCCUGGUUGGAGUGCUGAACAUGUUCACCAGUGUCUUCCUGCUGAUGGUCAUCAGUCUCGACCGCUGCUUAUUAACAUGGAUGGCUGUAUGGGCUCAGAAUAAACGCACCAUAUGCAAAGCCAAAGUCGUCUGCAUAACCAUAUGGUUAAUUUCCCUUGGUUGCAGUAUUCCAUACAGUGCUUAUAAACAAGUGUUUCAGUAUAAAAAUAAUACUGUUUGUGGUGCCCCAAGAAUCACUGCAACAAUUCAUAGAGAUCUCAUUAUUUUCAGAAGUGUCGUAGGAUUCUUCAUCCCCUUUGUUAUUAUCUUAGGAUCAUACUUAGCUAUCGGCAAGCGUAUUAUAUCCCUUCAGAGAAAGAAGAAAUUAAAACCCUUCCGGAUCAUUCUGGCAGUAAUUCUGGCCUUUUUCCUCUGCUGGCUGCCAUUUCACAUAUUCCAGUAUUUGGACUUGAAGUGCAAUUCUGAUGGCAAUUUCAGUGGGGCCCUUUGUAAGGCCGUGUCUGUUGGAGUGCCCCUAUCCACUAGUGUGGCAUUUCUGAACAGCUGCCUGAACCCCAUCAUGUAUGUCUUUUUAUGUGAGGACUUUCAACAGAAGUUCCAUCAGUCCAUUCUGUCUGUUCUAGAGAGCGCCUUUUUAGAGGAACAUCUCUUUAUAAACAUUGGCAAAAACAAACACACACAAGCGAAUCCCCUAAACCAAGACCAAAUGAACGAAACUGGGGCCUUUCUAAUGACUCAGAAUAACUGAGAGUUAAACUCAUUGGCAGACAAAGUGGGCCAAAAAAGGAACUCUUUAAAAAUAAUUAUUUCCUUAUUAGCUUUAUCAUAUGUGCAUUAUGCAAUCUUCAAUAAGGCAAAAUUGACAUUUUAGACAAUAAUACAAUGUAGCAAACUAAUUUUAAAAAUUAAAGAAAAUUGAUAUGUUAUGGUAAUGAGUUCAUGAGAAUGACCCAUAUUGUGCUUAAGAACGAAUCCAUAUACUUUUUCCCUAUUUAGAACAAUUUCUGUAAACUAUCAAAUAUGACUAACCAAUAUACAGUGGUGUGAAAAACUAUUUCCUGAUUUCUUAUUCUUUUGCAUGUGUGUCACACAAAAUGUUUCUGAUCAUCAAAAACUAUUACCUAUUAGUCAAAGAUAACACAAGUAAACACAAAAUGCAGUUCUUAAAUGAAGGUUUUUAUUAUUCAGGGAGAAAAAAUAUCCAAACCUACAUGGCCCUGUGUGAAAAAGUAAUUAAUAUAAUAACUUAACUGUGGUUUAUCACACCUGAGUUCAAUUUCUGUAGCCACCCCCAGGCCUGAUUACUGCCACACCUGUUUCAAUCAAGAAAUCACUUAAAUAGGAGCUGCCUGACACAGAGAAGUAGACCAAAAGCACCUCAAAAGCUAGACAUCAUGCCAAGAUCCAAAGAAAUUCAGGAACAAAUGAGAACAAAAGUAAUUGAGAUCUAUCGGUCUGGUAAAGGUUAUAAAGCCAUUUCUAAAGCUUUGGGACUCCAGCGAACCACAGUGAGAGCCAUCAUCCACAAAUGGCAAAAACAUGGAACAGUGGUGAACCUUCCCAGGAGCGGAAAUUACCCCAAGAGCGCAGAGACAACUCAUCCGAGAGGUCACAAAAGACCCCAGGACAACAUCUAAAGAACUGCAGGCCUCACUUGCCUCAAUUAAGGUCAGUGUUCACGACUCCACCAUAAGAAAGAGACUGGGCAAAAACGGCCUGCAUGGCAGAUUUCCAAGACGCAAACCACUGUUAAGCAAAAAGAGCAUUAAGGCUCGUCUCAAUUUUGCUAAAAAACAUCUCAAUGAUUGCCAAGACUUUUGGGAAAAUACCUUGUGGACUGAUGAGACAAAAGUUGAACUUUUUGGAAGGCGCGUGUCCCGUUACAUCUGGCGUAAAAGUAACACAGCAUUUCAGAAAAAGAACAUCAUACCAACAGUAAAAUAUGGUGGUGGUAGUGUGAUGGUCUGGGGUUGUUUUGCUGCUUCAGGACCUGGAAGGCUUGCUGUGAUAGAUGGAACCAUGAAUUCUACUGUCUACCAAAAAAUCCUGAAGGAGAAUGUUCGGCCAUCUGUUCGUCAACUCAAGCUGAAGCGAUCUUGGGUGCUGCAGCAGGACAAUGACCCAAAACACACCAGCAAAUCCACCUCUGAAUGGUUGAAGAAAAACAAAAUGAAGACUUUGGAGUGGCCUAGUCAAAGUCCUGCCCUGAAUCCUAUUGAGAUGCUGUGGCAUGACCUUAAAAAGGCGGUUCAUGCUAGAAAACCCUCAAAUAAAGCUGAAUUACAACAAUUCUGCAAAGAUGAGUGGGCCAAAAUUCCUCCAGAGUGCUGUAGAAGACUCGUUGCAAGUUAUCGCAAACGCUUGAUUGCAGUUAUUGCUGCUAAGGGUGGCCCAACCAGUUAUUAGGUUCAGGGGGCAAUUACUUUUUCACACAGGGCCAUGUAGGUUUGGAUAUUUUUUUUCCUCCCUGAAUAAUAAAAACCUUCAUUUAAGAACUGCAUUUUGUGUUAUCUUUGACUAAUAGGUAAUGGUUUUUGAUGAUCAGAAACAUUUUGUGUGACACACAUGCAAAAGAAUAAGAAAUCAGGGGCAAAUAGUUUUUCACACCACUGUAUAUGGUGUAAAUUGAUGGAUAUUUGCAGCAUUGACUAAAAAUGUCGAAAAAAAAUGCAACCAACUGCAUAGCCCAAACAAGCUUAUAUGCAACAGCACAAGCUGCCAUGUAUUAUUCCAAACUAAUAGCUAGUCAUUGUUACUAAAAACCCACACACCUACACCAUUGAGCAUAGAAUGGUUACCAAUUAGGUGAGGGUCCUGGUCAGGUAGUUCCACCGGGGACCCUUGACCUGGUGUUUGUAGUGUAUGUGAGAAGUGUAUGUAUGUGUAAGAAAAUAAGGGAGCGUUUUACAGUCCAUUCAGAAACAUGAUGCAUUAAGUGUCGGUCAGUUGAAGUACAUGAAGACGUGGGCAUCUCUGUUCCUUUCUUGCAGAAGCACAAGUACAUGCACUGUUUUUUAGGACUGCGAGGACACUACUUCCUUUGAACCUAUUUUUCACUCAUUUUAAUUGAAAGAAUUAUUUUUUAAUUGACCAGUCAUCUAGCCUCAUUGAUUCACCUACUAGGCAUGUUCACAAGGUAGAUGUCACUUGAUUCAUGUGUAAUGGUAAUAUACUUGUAUAAACUUAGGCCUAUAUAUUAUGUUUUUAUAAUUCUUAUAUAAUUAAAUUAAUCAUUCGCAUGUGUCUUGGAUUGUAACAUUUGCUUCUAAAUGUAUGACAAAUGUAAAAAGUGUGUCUUUGUUAUAUGUUUAGUUUUCUGAGCACUGCAACAUUGCAUUUGACCACGUAGAGGUGUGUGACUUAAUAUGGCACUCCAGAGCACGUAUUGAAAAUACAAUUAAAAUCACUUAAGGUAGUGGCCGAAUGCACGUAAGGGUAAUUUACAUGUGACACACCCAUAUUUUGAUGUUUCUCUUCCCAAAGUGUGUAUCUAGCCUAAGGCUCUGUUCAAAUUCAGGGGUGCAUCCUUCGAAGGAUGUGGUCUAUGAAGACAUGAGGUGUUUCUCAAUAUGGGUACUUGAUUGUACUUGUGUACCCAUUUUAUGUUGUUAUCUUCCUUUGCCAAAGACAAGUUCCAAUACUCCACUAGAAGUACAGAGGACUGUAGAAAUCCUUGGAUGUCGUUCUUGCCCUGUCCCAAAUAUCAAGAAUGCAUUGGUGCACCCUUGCCAAAUGAGACAAAAGUUCAUUGGGACGCAAGUUAGCCUGACCAGUCUUACCAAGACCACGGGUACUAUCGUGGUAUGUAUUCAUUUACAUUAUUUCUUAUGGGAAAUGUGACUUGAACCUCAACCAAAUCGCAAUUUAGUUUGUGUUCCAAGGUAACACUGUAUUUGUUUUUAAUUUGCAUUGUAUAAUACUAAAUAAACAAACU